AUGGGUGAAAUCACAAUCACAGGCUGGAAGACUCGCGAUGUUCGCUUUCCUACUUCUCUCGACGGAACUGGCUCCGAUGCCAUGAACGCUGCUGGCAACUACUCCUCCGCCUACUGCAUCCUUGAGACAGACUCUGAAUACACCGGUCACGGAAUGACCUUCACUAUCGGCCGUGGAAACGACAUCGUCUGCGCUGCCAUCAACCACGUCGCCGAGCGUCUCAAAGGCAGGACACUCUCCUCUCUCGUCGCAAAUUGGGGCCAGACAUGGCGACAUCUCGUCAACGACAGUCAGCUCCGAUGGAUCGGUCCCGAGAAGGGUGUUAUCCACCUCGCUCUCGGUGCCGUCGUCAACGCUGUCUGGGACCUCUGGGCCAAGACCCUCAACAAGCCCGUCUGGCGCAUUGUCGCUGAUAUGAGCCCUGAGGAGUUCGUCAGCUGCAUUGACUUUCGUUACAUUACCGAUGCUAUCACUCCCGAGGAAGCUGUUGCUAUGCUUAAGGAGCAGGAGCCUACCAAGGCUAAGCGACUCGAAGAAGCUCUCAACAACCGCGCUGUGCCCGCUUACACAACGAGUGCUGGCUGGCUUGGAUACGGAGAGGAUAAGAUGAAGAGCCUGCUUCAGGAGACUCUCAACGCUGGAUACAGACACUUCAAGGUCAAGGUCGGUGGUGACAUUGAGCGCGACCGCAAGCGUCUAGGCAUUGCUCGUGAGGUCAUUGGCUACGACAAGGGCAAUGUUCUCAUGACAGAUGCCAACCAGGUUUGGUCUGUUCCCGAGGCCAUUGAGUACAUGAAGCAGCUCGCCGACUUCAAGCCUUGGUUCAUCGAGGAGCCUACGUCCCCCGAUGAUGUCCUCGGUCACAAGGCUGUUCGCGAUGCGCUUAAGCCUUAUGGCAUUGGUGUCGCUACUGGUGAGAUGUGCCAGAACCGUGUCAUCUUCAAGCAACUGCUCCAGACCGGUGCCAUCGAUGUGUGUCAGAUCGACGCUUGCCGUAUGGGCGGUGUCAACGAGGUCCUUGCUGUCCUCCUCAUGGCCAAGAAGUUUGGUGUGCCUAUUGUUCCUCACUCCGGUGGUGUUGGUCUUCCCGAGUACACACAACACCUGAGCACCAUCGACUACGUCGUUGUCUCUGGAAAGCUGUCUGUUCUUGAGUACGUGGACCACCUCCACGAGCACUUCUUCCACCCCUCUGUUAUCAAGGAUGGUUACUACACCACUCCUGUGGAGCCUGGAUACAGUGUUGAGAUGAAGCCUGAGAGCAUGGAUCGAUUUAGCUACCCUGGUGAGAAGGGCGUGAGUUGGUGGACUUCAGAUGAGGCCAAGGUUAUUCUCGAUGGUGAGAAGAUUUAA